AUGACCCUAAAACCAGGCUUCACCAUCGCCCCCGUCCCCGCAACCCGGGAGGCCGGGAAAACACUCGCGAAGAUUGAAAGCUCCGCCAUCGACAACGGGGCGGAUGCUUCGUUCGCCAAACUCCUGUGGCCGAAGCAAUCUACUGAUACGAAGGAUGAGAAGAAAAACGACGAGGAGGAGAAAGACGAAGACCCGUUUCACACAAUCGACAUGCUCAGCGACCCCGCGAACAAAUACGCCUGGAUCAUCGAGUCGGCAACGGAGAACCCCGUAGCGUAUGUCUGGUGGCAGCAUGCCAAGGGGAAGACGGAGGAGGAGUGGGCGGCUACAUAUGCGAACCGGUAUCGACCGGAUUCGAUGAACAAGGCGCUUAUGGAUGCGACUAGUGGUGUGAGGUUUUUGAAACGUGCGAAGCUGUUGAAUACGCGGGAGACGCUGAUUUUGAAGGAGCUCUAUGUGCGGCCUGAGUUUCAGCGACAGGGGCUGGGGGGUGCGUUGGUGCAGUGGGGCAUUGAUGAGGCGGAUCGUUUAGGGUUGCAAGCCUAUACUGAGGCCUCGCCGGAUGGGUAUGGUUUGUAUGUCAGGUUUGGGCUCGAGGAGGUCGAUCGGGUGACGGUGGACUUGGAGCCAUGGGGUGGGAACCCGGGGGAGUAUAACUCGUAUGCGCUGCUGUUGCGGCCUGCUAGGGUUGAGGCUGAGAGGAAUUAG